CUCCGCCAGUGUUUUUGAAAAAGCGGCGGUUCCAGCUUCACCAGCUUUCGAUGAACUGAUAGCGACUAUUUGUUUUUAUCGCAGCUCUUCGGCACAACAACAAAACGAUCCUGGUGUUUUGUUGUGAAGUCGUGAGCUCCUGUACUGCACCAGGGAAAUGCAGCCGCAACAGUACUCAAAUGAGCGAGGGCUUCUAGGAAAACUCUGUCCUGGGGAGAAGAAGCUGGAGGGGAUGACCUUCUACCUGGACAAUGUGAAGAAACGCCCUACAGUCCUGCUUUUGGAGGCCAUAUCUCUUCUAGGAGGGAGGGUUGAGAGUUUCCUGCACAAGGAUGUAAGCUUUGUUGUGACUGGAAGCCAGGAGGGCCUGAAGGAGGAGAAGUGUGUGGUUACCAAGGGAGGAGCAAAGGGGACCAGUGAAGAAGCCAAACAUUCGAUUAAGCAGAAGGAGAGUGGCCUCAGCAUUGACAAACCCCGACAAGGAACUCCUCGACCAGUGGCUUGUGGCAGCCGAGGGAAAGCUCUGCUUGAAAAAGCUAUUCGCAACAAUGAGCGACUGCAUGGGAACAGUGUUUUGUCCAACGCUCGAUCAUGGGGAGUGAAGAUUUUAUACGUGGAUGAUGUCCUUUUAUAUCUGAAACAGUUGUCUCGAGAGAGCUUCAGCGCUAGACAUAGGAGGCCAGAGAAGACUAACAGCAAGCAAAGUUUGCCUGCUGUCAAAGCUGCAGCUCUGAGAUCUCCAUAUCUUAAAAUUGAAGACUUGAGCAGAAAGUACAAGCCUUUGCAUAUGCAGUCCAUGACGUUCCCCUCUCUGUGCUACUUGGGUCGAUUCAGUCCCUUUGAAUCUCCUCCUCCUCCUCGGUUUGAAAAACGAGCAGAGCAAGGAGAAAGUAAACCAAGGGAAAAGAAAGUUGAAAGCAGCACUCAGGACAAAUCCCAAACCCCGCUCAGCUGUAACCCUUCACCUUGGCGGCCACGCAAAAAGGAUGUGUCUUACUGCGAAUGCUGUCAUCAACCCUUCACUAAUCUGGAGGAGGUGGGAAUCUUUCAGAAUUGCUCUUUCUCGUUACGACAUAAGAGUUUUUUUGCUCGGUAUUUAAUGUGGUCAUCUUUUUGGUUCUUGAAGCACUUACAGUCUGACCAGCACCACACCUUUGCGCUGGAUCCCUCGAACUACAGCGUGGUGGAUCAACUGGUGACUGAAAUGUUUCCGGGAUUUGACCCCAAUCCUUCUCAGGAAUCAGAGGAAACACUGAACAGACCACCAACUCCUUUGCCUGUCCAUGAUGUCCUCGAACUGGAGCCUCUUACUGAUGUUGAGACGGAACAUGCUGUUCAGGCCCUGCAGAGACAAGAGUCAUCAUUCAAUACUCACAUUUCCAGCCCUACUAGAGGUCCUUUUUCCUUUGGCCCUGCCAGUCUAUCACCAGGAGUUCAGCUUACCAUCCCAGAUCCAGCCACUCUACCUGCUGACAUUCAGUCUUUCAAUCCUGAGACAGACUGCCAGUUCCCUGAUAUCCAACUAUCAAGCCCAGCCAUGCCUGUACUGCACAUUGAACCACAAACCCAGGACUCACUCAACUUACAGCUGGAAUCUCAGCAUCUGUCCCCUUGCCACAGUGCUUCUUCUCGCUUCCCUGACCCAUACUCCCUGCCUCCGGUCCUGAGCCCACAAGUUCACUAUUCCUCCUACGUUAUGGACACAGAAAAUCCUUAUUCAGAGCCCCCUGUCCUCAGUCCUCAACAGUACACCACAGAGGAGACUGUGGAAGGACAGACUUGUGAAAUGAACACUGCAGAGAGUGUGUCCAAAUUUGUCUCAGCUGUCACAGAUCCUCUCUCCAGCCCACUUCUCAUCUCUGUGCCUGUGACCAAUGCAGAGGGAGUGAAGGAAUCAAACCAAGAACGUCUUGUUGAUUUCAGUGGACUUGCAUGUUGUAUACAGGGUUUGAAACAGACCACGCUGUCGUCAUGUAGAUCUCGUUCCCUUACUCGACAGUCAUCUGUGGGACCAAACCCCAAAAAGUGCUGUCAAUCUGCCAGCCCUGAACACAGCUGCAGAAAAAGGAGGAGGACAGAAACAUUUGGAGGUGGUAGUGGCUGUACUGCACACAGGCUUAAAUCUGCAAAAUCACAAAGUGACAAUGUGACAAAGACCAAGGACUAUUUAUUAUUUGACAAGACCUCUUAUCAGACAGUACAAUCUUGUCCUAAUUUAAAUGCCUCUUCAACAUUAAAUACAUGCACUGUGGACAUGCUUGGUUCAAAACAGACUCACACCACCUUUUGUUUUCCUACUGCACAGAGAUUCACUCCGGCACCAAAUCAAAUUGACUCUGUUGUCGAUCAGUCAUUAAACCUGCUGUCCUCAAAAGCAAAGGUGUCUGAUCCUCCACAGCACUUCCCCAAUGAUAAAUCUCACCGUGCAUUUUCCAGUCAAGACUCGCAGUGCUCACUAUCCCACUCUACCUCGGUCUGUAUCGAGUCAGCCCUCAUCCCAGACCUGGCCACGCUGUGUCCAUCAUCAUCAGAUUCUGACUGGGACUGUGACCUGCUGUCACGGUUGGGUCUAACCUCAGGUACGCCCCCGACGCCCUCUGAGCAGAACACUGAGCUCGAUAAAGAACUGCUCCAGAAGUCGUGUCCCUGGAUGCACGACACCAGCUACGAGUCACAUCUGCACACUGUCCUUCAGCCAUCAACCCCAGUUGCCUCACUACGCAGGGAAGAAAAGGAACCUUCAACAUUUUCCAGAACUGUGGUACAGAUUGUUGAGGUGCAGCACUGAUAAUUAUUUUAAUGAUUUUUUUUUUAAGAACUGGAAGAACCUUAGCAUGAAAGACACACUUGGAGUAGGAUGUCUUUGACUUUGCAGCUACCUAUUGUACUGCAAGAAACACCAAGCAGCACUUAAGCCCAUCAAGUCAGCUGUGCACUGAAAACAUAUUUAAAACUUUUAAGUGACAAAUGCAGAUUUUAAAUUUUGCUUUAUUGGACUGGAUGCUAAUUUGUGGAUAGCGCAUUUUCCCAUGAACUUAAAAUGUGUCCACGAUCAUUUUACCUCUCAACCUCUAAUUCUCCUGCACAGACCCCUAAGAAAUAUUCUUUACAUCGUGCUGACUGCAGUCAUUCAGCAGCUAUGUCCGGGAACACAGGGUGGUACUGAGAAUUUAAUGAGGCUUUCUCAAAGGGGGCAUUACUCAAUUACUGUAAGUGCUGCGCCUGGAUCAGAUCUCACAUGUGCCGAUGUUGAUGGUCAAACAGGCGAGGCGUUUGCAGAGUGGACGACUGACAACCUGUGAGACCCUCUCUCUGAUUAAUGUCAUGUAGCUUAUCCUGCCUUUUGAAGGUGGGCCAAAGGACUGGCUUUGUCAAGGUGAUGUGAGUGCUUCACAGCAGUGUGCCGCAACUCCAUGGAGGUUUAUUAUCUUGACAGUCUGAGGUCACCUACCAUUAAAGUCUCCUUAAUGCUCAGCUUGUAAACGCACUGUAACUUGUACAUUUCAAAUUUGAACGCAACAAAGUGGAAAGCCACAUGAUGUCACUAUGUGGAAAAGUAGCAAUUCUUUUAGGAAAAUGUGAAGUUGUACAGUGUUUCAAUAAAUGUUUUUGGCCUUA